AGUUAUUUUGCAGCUGAAGCAUUAUUAUUAGCUUCACUUUACGUGAUUUAUUCCAUUAUCACUGAAGAAAAAAUAAAAAUGGUAACUGAAGUCCAAUUAAGCUUGGAUUCAUCAGAUAAAUAUCUGCAAAGUAUUGGUCUCCCAAUUAACCAGCCGGAAAAGAUAUCAAAAAUUUUAAAAUCAAAUGAGUGUGUCCGUUUGGAAUUUAUUGAUCUCACCGUUAGUGUUAAUGGUAAAGAAAUAUUAAGUCAUGUAAGCGGAGAAAUAAAUCCAGGAGAAGUUUUAGCAAUUAUGGGGCCGUCGGGAGCUGGAAAAUCCACACUUCUUAACUUACUUGUUGGAAGAGAAAGAAAAGACCUUAUCAUUAACGCUGGUACAAUUAAAUUAAAUGGGGAAAAGGCAUCCAAGUUACUUCGCAGGAAAAUUGGUUAUGUUUUACAAGAAGACAUAUUUUUUUCAAAUCUUACAGUGCGACAGUCUUUAGAAUUUGUAGGAAAAAUUUGUCUACCAGAUUUCAUGACAUGGAAAGAAAAGUUAACAACCAUAAACGAAGCCAUAAAUAAUCUAGGAUUAAAAAAAUGCGAGAAUACAACAUUGGGUGGUGAUCCCUUUAGUUCUGGAUGCUCAGGAGGUGAAAGAAAGCGUUGCAGCAUAGCAGUUGAACUCAUUAGAAAUCCUGCAUGUAUAAUUAUGGAUGAACCAACUUCAGGAUUAGAUUCAUCAACAUCACUCAGUCUGAUUAAAACUUUAAAAAGACUUGCACAGAAUGAGAACCGUGCAGUAUGUAUGACUAUCCAUCAACCAUCUAGUCCUAUGUUCCAUAUGUUUGAUAAAUUGCUGCUUUUAUGCAAUGGAAAGGUUCUAUAUUUUGGUAAAGUUUCUGAAGUUUUAUCAUUCUUUCAAACAAUUGGAAUGCCUUGCUAUCCAAAUUGGAAUCCAGCAGAUUUUAUCAUGGAUCAGCUUACAGCUCAUAUUGAUGUUCAAAACAAGAUUGCUGAAGGCUAUCUUACAUUUAAAAAAAAAAUUUCUUUUUGCAACGAGAUAUCUUUGGAUUUUGAAAAACGUGAAAUUUCUUCAAGCAUGCCUGAAAAUUCUCCUGAUCAUUGCAAAUCACAUACUAAUUUUGCAAUUGAAUAUGUGAAAGAGCUGGAUACAAGUGACAGUAAUGCUCAUAAAGAGCAUAAUUUUGUGAAUGGAAAAGCGCUUGAAAAUUCAGCGAUAAAUGUAGUAAGCACAGAAAAAUGGUCAACUAGUUAUUUUACACAAGCAUCUGCACUAUGUAGAAGAUCUUUUUUACAAACUAAGGGUCAUUUUUGGAAUAAAAUAUGCCUUAUGCAGGCGUUUACUAUUUCUGCAAUAGCUUGUCUUGUAUGGUUCAAUACACCAUACAAUGAAAAAUCAUUGCAAAAUCGUCUGGGAUUUAUGUUUUUUAUAAUGGUUUAUAUGUUUACCAACCAAAUGUUUACUACACUUCUCACAUUUCCUAUUGAAAGUAAAGUUAUUGCCAAAGAGCGUGAUGCUGGCAUGUAUCGUCUUUCAGCAUACUAUACUGCUAAAAAUAUAGUUGAUCUACCAAUUAUAUUUCUUCCACAGGUUUUUAUUUAUACAGUUACAUACUGGAUAACUGGACUUAAUCGUUCUCCUAUAUUUCUACUCGGGCUUUUUAAUAACAUGUUAAUUACUCUAACAGCACAAUCUUUAGGGCUAAUAAUUGGUGCAAGCAUCCAAAAUCUCAGAAAAGCUCAUAUUGUUGCAAUGACUGUUUUUAUGUGUUCCAUACUUUCUGCAGGUUUUUAUACAAAAAGAUUACCGAGUUGGCUGUCAUGGUUUAAAUAUAUAUCUCAAUUGACUUAUAUAUACAAUGUCUUUGUAAGAUUGGAGUUUCAAUACUCUGUAAAACUGUUUGAAUGUUCACCAAAGUCUAUUUUUCAACAAUGUACUUCGAACAGCUCUUACAUUUCUGGUAACGAUAUAUUGAUAAAAACCAAAAAUAUUGAUUUAGAUGUAACACAAUCAUUUUUGGUGAUCAUCGGAAUAAUUGUUAUACUUAAGAUUUUAUUUUACUUUGCUUUAAAGUAUUUAAACAAACCUAGAUAAAUGUUUGUAAAAUAAACUUUGG